AGUUGUAGUCGUCGCGUUAGUCGGCCGCAAAGCCUAUACGUUGUACACACGCACAGCAGAUCGCGCGAUCGUCGGGAGAAAAGAUAUUAUUAAAAGUGAUAAUAAUAAACUUUUCUUAUAAUACAAACGCAUUAUUGUAGCAUACGGUUGUUUGUCGCGAAUCGACUCGCGUCUAUUGUGUCCUCGUCGUUCCGUCCGUUCGGUUCCGUAUAAAUGACUCGAUAAUAUUUUGUAUUAUUAUUAUAUUUCGCUCGGUAUACUCACUACGGGUUUCGACUUCCGAUAUUAAAUUCUUCCGUCGUUCGUUGUACAUAAAUAUUUUUUUUUGCGACCACAUCCGCGUACCUCGCAUAUAAUCAGCUGCUCGUAUAACACAUAUCUAAACGUGUCCUGCAGUCGUGUCAUGCCGUCGUGUCGUUGAGUCGAGUGAAUGCACAGCAGUGAUGUUGAUCGGCAGCGGUACUGCAGGCAACUUCGGGAGUUUCAACGUGGACCAUCCGGGUGGGCCCAGCAUCAUAAGCGGGCUACAAGGAUCGCCUCACCACGCGAGCACCGCCAGUCAACCCCAACAACAUUCGCCGGGUUCGUCGUCGGGCGGCGGUGGUGGCAGCGGCGGUGCCGGAGGAGGUAGCGCCAUGACGCCACUAUUGCCGUCGUUCGGGUUCACCCAGGAACAAGUGGCUUGCGUGUGCGAGGUGCUUCAGCAGUCCGGCAACAUCGAGCGGCUUGGCAGGUUCCUGUGGUCGCUGCCCAGUUGUGACAAACUUCACAAGCAUGAGAGCGUGCUCAAGGCAAAGGCCAUCGUGGCGUUUCACCGGGGUAACUUCAAAGAGCUGUACCGUCUGCUGGAGAGCAACCAGUUCUCCGCUCACAACCACCCCAAGCUGCAGGCGCUGUGGCUCAAGGCGCACUACGUGGAGGCCGAGAAGCUCAGGGGUCGCCCGCUGGGUGCCGUCGGCAAGUAUCGGGUCCGUCGCAAGUUCCCGUUGCCUCGGACCAUAUGGGAUGGCGAAGAAACCAGCUACUGUUUUAAAGAAAAGUCCCGGAUGGUGUUACGCGAAUGGUACGCCAGCAACCCGUAUCCGAGUCCCAGGGAGAAAAGGGAAUUGGCCGAGGCCACUGGACUGACUACAACCCAGGUGUCCAACUGGUUCAAAAACCGCAGGCAAAGAGACAGAGCGGCAGAACAGAAAGAUGGUAUGUCCGGCAGCCGGAGUCCAACGGGAAUGGGUGACGGAUGCGAGAAAAUGGUCGGUGGCCCUCCGUCCAACUUAGACUCUAGCUCGUCCGAAUCUAUUGACGGCGACAACAUGAAGUCGCACAUACACAUGCUGCACAAACCCAGCGCGAUAUCGUUCGGGCACUCUAUGAUCACAAGCCAGGACCAUUUGUCCAGUCACGAGAUGAUGUUCGGAGGCGGAGGCGACCUCAAGUCGUCGAUGUCCGGCGUCGGGGGCGUCGGCGCGGGCGGCAUGUCCAUGAUGGCAAACUCGGCGGCCGCGGCCGCGGCGUACCACCACCAGACACAGCUGAUCGGCGGCGGCGGCGGCGGCAUAGGAGGCGGUGGCGGCGGCGGAGGCAUCGUCGGCGGAUUCGGUUCGCCCAUCGGGAGUCGCCCGCUGAUCGCCACCGGUGUCGGCGGCGUCGGAGUCGGCAACGGCGACCACCACAGUCACUUGCAGCAGAUCGCCGCCGGCCAUCCUGCCGAUCCUUCGCUACUGCACGACUAUCAUUCCUUAUGACAGUGGGUGUCUGGCUACAACGGUGGCCAGCAAUGAUGUCGUAUAUGAUUAAUAUCAUAUCGUAUACAUCACGAGAGACGACGGAGACGCAUCACUCGCACCCGCACGCCGAUCGCACCCACACGGCACCCACACGCGCAGCGUCGGUCUACUAUGAACGCACACCGCUCGGCGGGGCUCGCGACACAGAGAAUUCCGCUCGAAAUCCAUCAGUGCGGCGGGGUAACAGAAAUAUAAUCCUUUACUCGAUUCGCACGGUGGCGAGCGAGUUCGCACUUUUCGUUUGCACGCGCGAUUUCAAUAUAGUUUUAAAAUAAAAUAUUCAUAUUGUACGACGUUAUUAUCGUUUCUCGACGGACGACGACGAGGAAAAAGAAAAACCGUCGACAAAUGAUGAUAUACUCGACUGGCCUCACUGGUCGUGCCGCCGCGUGUGGGUUCGUAUGUCGUCGGCAUCAAAACGUCUUCGGCACAAAAGACGCACCACUUAAUAUAACAUAUACCUAACACAUAUUAUAUACAUUAAACUUUAUAUUAUACGCAUAGGUAGUACGAUAUUAAAAUAAUAUUAUUUGUAUAGCGCGAGUGUAGAAUAUUGUUAUGUAAAAUAAUACGACUGAGGUACAGUGUACGCAGUACAGUGUGUGUGAUGUAUAUAGGUAAUAGUACACAUAAUAAUAUACAAUAAAGUGUUGUGUGGGUGGGGUGGGUCGGGGACUACUGCAGUGCACACGACUAUUAUAAAAAGUAAUAAAAAGUUAUAAUUAAUAGCAUUUAUAUGCGGUCCACCCUGGAAAAAUCGACUUUCUGCCAUGGCGAGCUGUUCGACUCUAACCGAAAAUAAUAAUAAUAAUAAUAAUAAAAAUAUGCAAUAUUACCAUAAUGUAAUACGUCUGCAGCGACGGACGUCUAUAAUAAACAACCCACGCGGGUAGGUUACUCGAUAAAAACCAUAUUUUACUCGUGAACGACCGCUAAUCGCGUUAAUUGAUUAUUUUCCAUGUAGUGUAUAGUGAUGAGGUAACGACGGUCCCUAUAUAAUAUUGUUAUUAAAUUUAUAAAUUUAUUAUAGAGGGUCACUAUAUUAUUAUUAUGCCGGUUUGCAUGAAAAAUGUAUUGCUUUAAUGGUUCGAUAAAAUUUAAUACUCUCUAAUCGCAGUCCAGUUAAUCAUAUGUUUUAGGGACUAUAUUAUUAGCUCACUAUAGUGAUUCAUUAUUAUAGACGUGUGGCAAUUGUUCACCCAUCAAGUCAGUCGGUUUUCCGAGCAUCUCGACGUUUUUAAUGUAAUGUACACAUAUAGAUAUAUAUAUGAUCUUUAUUGUAUUCAUCACAACCCCGGUUUACAAAAAAUAAAAAUAAAAAAUAAAUACUAUUUGUCCGCUACCGUAAGUCCACUCCUGCCCCGUAAAUCCGAAGUGUACCUACUGCGCCGUGCAAAUGUAUUAUGUAGUAUUGUAAUACAUUCAAUUAAUAUGCGACCCAUUUGCGCUUCGUUUUGUAAAUAUUAUUAUUAUGUGUUUGCUAUCCAUUAAAAUAUGUUCUAAUUAUAAAAUGCAAGGCGGAACAGAAAUACCUGACAGAUGUCAGUAUUAACUAACCAUGUAAUAAUUUUCAUUAUAAUAUAUAUAUAUAUUUUGGAAUUAAUUAUUAUGAUUAAUGCUAAUUAUAUAUAACAUAAUUAUUUAUAUUAAUAUAAUGAUAUUUUAAUACAAUUUAUUUCGUAGUUAAUUAAAAUUAAAUUUGUCAGUUAUUUCUGUUACCACUUGUGGUAUAUAUAUAUAAUACAUACCUAGUAUUCAUAUAGUCACUAUUCGUUGUUAAUAUAGUCAUACAUGUACGGUUAUAGUUCACAUUUAUACAAUUUGUAUAAUAUAUGGUUUACACUUAUAGAAUAUGUGUAUAAUUAUAGGUACGCAUAAAAAGCGAUUUACAUUUUUAUGCCUUGCAAAAAGAACAUCAAGUCAAUUUUCCAAUAUUAUGUACUCGUAUUAUGUAUUUCCUAGUUUGUACAUCAUUUUUCAAAAGUUAUGUAAACCUAUAUUAAAGCUUUAUAGUUUAUUAUGUUCGACUUUUUUACAUCGAGUUUUUUUUUUUACAACCCCUAUUGUAAUUCACGAGUAGAUCACAUCUUAGUGCUUGUAUCAUACUAAAUUCCCUAGAACAAAACGUUUUAGUUAUUCCCCCCCCUUUUUUUUACUUUUUCAUAAGAACAGACACUAUAUUCUUAAUUUUGAACACAUAUUCUUUUAACAAAUCAAACCGUAUUAUUUAUAUAUAAUUAAUAUUAUUGUAUUAGAUACUAUUUUUUUUAAAUUAUCAUAAUGUGUACAUUAAACUUUAAAAAGAUGAUAAGACAAACGGGAUUAAAAUAGUUCUAACGAUUUUUCAAACAAAAGAAAUACUGCAUUAUAUACAGUUCAUUUUAUAUGUACAUAUUAUUAUGUAUGAUAAUAAUUUGUUUGCCAAACCAUUUUUUUUUCCAUUUUGAGUUUUCGAAACCUAACUUCUAACCUACAAUAACAGAAAGUUAUUAAAUCAAACGGUAUAUUUUGUUCGUCGCGUUUAAAAAACAAAAAAUUAUACGCUGUGGUAAUACGCUAUAAUCUGCCACAGCAGUCGUUCGUCGGGAUUUGCCGAAAAUUACCUGCAAAGCAAAUCGGAUGUAUUAAAAAUUAAAAUAAUAAUAUGAAUAAAAAAACCUUCUUUUCGACAUUUCGUAUACGAUGUCAUCGUCGUGACCGUUCCGUCUAGACUAGAUCGAGCGCAGCAAACUGGUUAUUCCGUACAACUGUGAUUUCGUCAAUGAGAUUUAAAACUAUUCGAAAAUGGCAUCAAAAAACCAGUACCGGAACGUUACAAGCAAAAGAUUUAAUAAUACAUGAAUAAAUGGCGUAUUUUCACCGUCGUUUAGUAUUGUUCUGCGCAGCCGUCAUAAUUUGUGUUUCUACGUUUCAUUUUUUUUUCCCCGUCCGUUCCGCGCUAAAUCCUUGGUGACAAUUAGCGCGCAGGAUAUUCGGUAUCAUAUAUUACAGCAAACAUGUUUACAGAAACACAACCUCCCAAGGACAACUACACGUUUUCUGUAACAGUGUACUGAAUAAUAUAAUAUUAAUACAUAUAUUAUUGGUGUAUAGUAGGUACACCGUGUUAAAAUUAAUAAUUUUUAAUCACUUAUCGACUUGUCACUCUCCUCGGUAUACCUCCGCGAUCAUAUUAUAUUUUUUAUCUCAGCUAUAAAACGAAUGUGUUUUCAUUAAACACGUUGGUACGUUUUUGUUUCCAACGUCUUGAACAAAACACGAGAGUUUUACUAAGCAUACUAUUAACGAUUCUAACAUUACAAAAAAAUUGUACGCAAAACCGGUGACCAGUCGAUUCAUAGAACUCCAUUAAUAAAUUAUUUCAGUUAUACUAUAUUAUUAUAAUCACUUGUCGUUCAAUCUUUUACGGCUUGUGGACUAAAAAAAACCCAAAACAGAAAACGCUGUUUUUCGUUGUGAGCUAAGACGUAAGUCUCAGAACCCACGGGCCCUCCCAUACAUUUUUACUAGCCCAUAAGAUUUGAAAUAAUAACACUUUUAUACAGUAGUUAAAAUAAUUAAAUAUACGACUGCAUGAUGCACAAAACAUGAAAUGACGGGGAACGUCUUUCUUUUUGUCUCGUUAUUCGUACACCGAGUAUGAAAUGAUUAUAUUCCUAAUAAAUUAUAAUAGUUAUCAUAUAAUAAUAGUCGCCGCGGUCGUACUUCUUAAAGCCUUUAUUGCACAGAUCAAAAGUCAUAAGGGGCGAAUUGAUGAAAUUGUUUUGCCUUAAAUUAUAAAGUUUAUUACGAUUUCAGUGCAAAUCUAUUAUUGCGAUAAAUAAAUUUAAAAGUUAAAAGUCAAUAGUUUUAUAUACAGCAAUACAAUAGAUAAUAAUGAUAUUGAGUCGAACCUUUAAGUACCUAGCUCUCCUCACAAAGCUUAAGCGAGAGUGUAACACAAUGAGUAUACGCUUUCGUUUGGUCAUCAAGUUAUCUGGCCAUUUAUUAUUUGCCGUGGUACUUAAACUUACGAAUAAUAUAUUAUUCUAUCUAUCCGAAACGCGACUGUAGACUUAACACCAAUAUGA